CUUAUGACCUCACCUAGUGAGUUUUCCCUUGUCGUGAACUCAGUUACUGACCUAUGUGUGCCCCUGGUGUUGACAGUUGUGGGCGUGAGUGGACUGGUAGGGGCGUGGGCUGAGCUACCCUGCCGCUUUGCACCACGCACACCAGGAGACAAGCCUAAACUCAUCCUCUGGUACAAGCAGGGAGUCAGCAGACCUCUCUUCAGUCAUGACUCGCGGGAGCCGCAGGUGGAGCCUGACCUGCGGCAGGUGGGUGUUGAGCUGCGGCUGGGAGAUGGCUGGGCCAGCCUCGCCUAUCAGAACCUCAGCGCCAAGCAUGCUGGAGUGUACGAGUGUAGGGUUGACUUCUACACCUCUCCUGCCUACACCAGCCUGGUCAACCUCACUGUGGUUGAGCCCGUGAGGAAGGUGGAGAUCCUGGCUGCUGGCAAGCACAGUUCUGGACAUCAGGAACCUGUCUACCCAGGGUACACCAGGGUGUUGGGCCCUUACUACCCAGGGCACACCAUCAACAUCUCCUGCCUCGCUCACCAAGGUUGGCCUCCACCGGUGUUGACGUGGUGGCUAGGAGACAAGAUGCUCAAGAGCUCGCGCCAGGAGUCGUUGUCGACGGCGGACGACCUGGGGGUGGUGCAGAAUGACCUGGUGAUCGAGAACGCCUCGCGCAGCUGGAACGAGAGAACACUCACCUGCACCGCUAACAACACUCACCUGGCCUCACCCGCUGCUGCUUCUGUUGUUAUUACCAUGUUCUUGCUGCCAUCUAGUGUUGUGGUGGACAACCCUGGUCCUGUGGUGGAGGGACGCCAGGCUCAUCUACGCUGCCUUGCUACAGGAGCUCAGCCACAACCCAAACUCACCUGGUCUAUCAACGGUACCGCUGCCACGCCACACAAGAGUGUGACUGAGGGUCGUGUGACUUGGUCAACCCUGGUGGUGAACGUGACCCGGGGUCACCACCAGGUUAAGGUGACCUGCACAGCCACCAGCUCCGUCUUGCCAGGUCUCAGCGUCUCCAACUACACCCUCCUCACCGUCUACUAUCCACCGUCAGUAUGGCUGUCACUAGGACGCUCACUACAGCCAGACUCCCUGAAGGAGGGUGACGAUGUGUACUUCACCUGUACUGUGUCUGCCAGUCCUCCAGCGUCAACCAUCACCUGGUUCCACCAGGGCCGUGUGAUGGUGCAGAACGUGAGUGGAGGUGUUGUGAUGAGUGGAGACUCACUGGUGUUACAGGGGGUCAGCAGACACCAAGCUGGUCACUAUCGUUGUGGCGCAGCCAACCCUCUCGCCAGGGUGGUCAGCGCUCCGGCCCUGCUCAGGAUCAAAUAUAAGCCGGAAUGUUUGACAUCACUCACCACAUACUUCAUCUACGACAAGCCCAUCAACAUCACUUGUACAGUGACCUCACAUCCGCCUGUCAGCUGCAUCCACUGGCAAUGGAAGAACAAUGACGAGGUGAGCAGCAGCGCCCCCACCAACGUCAAGAACGAGGUGUCUUGGGCAGUACUGACGGUGAGACCGUACCCAGGAGGCGAGGACAGGACUCUGUCUUGCUGGGGCGUCAACGAUAUGGGCACACAAGUGCAACCCUGCAAGCUGGCUAUCAAGGAGUUGAUGGUACCCCAGUCAUCAUGUCGUGUGGCCAACAUCACCAGCACUUCCCUCAGCCUGGCCUGCCACACCCCUCACCUCGACCCACACACAACCACACUCUACACUGCUGAGGUGUACUUCGACAACCGGACACUCUUCGCCAACGUCACGUCUAAUAGACCCAACUUCAACGUGAGUCGCCUGGACGCAGGUACCAGCUACCAGAUCAAGGUGUAUGUCACCCACGGCCCCGUCACCUCUCAGCCAGUCCUGGUGUCUGCCUACACCUCCAGAUCCUCCUUGACCCCUGCAGAUGAGGAAGAUAAGGUGGUUGAGGGCGGUGUUUUGGGCGGCGUGGUGGGUGGUGUGGUGGUGACAGCGGUGGUGGUGGGCGGUGGAGUGUGGGCCAGACUCUACUGGACUAAGAAGAUCACCGCCAGAAGGAAUAAAUCUCUUCGUCUUGCUUCCGCUGACGACACCAGACCCAUGUUAAAUAUCGGAGCAUCUUGUGAGAGGUCGACCAGGAGAGCAUCGCCAUCACGAGACUUCUACAACAAUGAAGAGACGAUGUACCAGGCCGUGCCUGGAGAGUGUGAGGACGCGGGCAGCCUCGUGCCUUCUGACGAAGACCCUGAUGAUGAAGAAGACCUAACAAAGUCCUCGUACCCUCACGCCAGAGGUGAUGGCGGCAGUGAAGGUGAUGGCAUAGCUACCGUAGAGGAGAUCUUCAAGGUGGUGGUCAACCCACAUCGUCAGAGUGCUACAAUAAAAAAGCUGGAGCGUGGAGAGUGUCCGUCGUCAGAGAAGACUGAAGCAGCAGCUAAGGAGGCUGAUAACUACCUGGGAGAGUGGCUGCAACUCUUCCCUAAGGAGAGUGAGGACAAGCUGGCCAGGAAGCUACAACACGUCUCCAAGAAGGACGAUGAGUACAUCGGUGAGUGGCUGCAACACCUCCCACAAGAUGCCCACGAUUACCCUGGUGGCUGGGUCAUCAACUCCUCCCGCCAGGAUGACAACUUCCCCGCCGCCAACCUUCAUCUGUUUCCCAAGACAGUGGAAGAACCCCCAGGUGGGUGGAUGAAGAAGUCUCCGAAGGAGGAGCGGAAUCUUGCGUCUGAAGAGAAGCAGAGGUUACAUACUAGUGUAAGUGAGAGUGGUGGAGGGUGGCAGGAACGUUCCCCGCAAGGCGCUGAAGGUUAUCCUGCUGGCGCGCUCAAACGCCCUCAGAAAUUAGCAGAAAGUUACGAGGAUUGGAGGCUCAAGUACGCUCCCGACCAUGCAGAACACUUUAAAUUUAACACAUUGCAAAGUUCCUCCAGAGCACUUGAGAACCAGAGAAGUGAUUCACCGCCGAGGCUACACAGAGACCCAACACACCACCGGGGGUGGACACUGCCGCGUCCCCCAAAAUCUGGAGACAAUUUUCUCUUCCAGGCUGCCCAGAAUGCAGCCAGUGCGAGAGAGAGCUACCCUGGUAGACUGCUCCAUCGAAGUACGGAGGCUCGACGAGAUCCUAUACGCAGGAGGCCGAGGGUUACCUCGUCAGGUACAGAUGAAGGCGGUACCCUGAGGAGGAUGCGCAGGAGGUCUGGGCAAGAAGUGGAUCUAGAGAGUGAUGAACUCCCUUGCUCCGUCCACCAGCUACUGUUCGCUGAGGAGACUAUUCUCUGAUACACUUCUUGGUGAGCCAUUUGUCACUGUACACUCUGUGUAGGUAGACACUCAUCGCUGUACACUCCACACAGACACUCAUCACUACACUCCACACAGAUACUCAUCACUACACUCCACACAGAUACUCACCACUACACUCCACACAGAUACUCAUCACUACACUCCACACAGAUACUCACCACUACACUCCACACAGAUACUCAUCACUACACUCCACACAGACACUCAUCACUACACUCCACACAGAUACUCAUCACUACACUCCACACAGAUACUCACCACUACACUCCACACAGAUACUCAUCACUACACUCCACACAGACACUCAUCACUACACUCCACACAGUUAGACACUCAUUACUGUACACUCUAUUCAGAAUAAAUA